CAAGACGCAAUAGAGUGUUUUAUAUCACACGUAGUAAUUAAAAACGGAUUUUAGUCUUGAAGAAUGCGUGUGAUUUUCUGUAUGACAUUGUUUCCGAAUCAUUCAAUUAAUUGACUUCACAACACGAGUAAGGAACAGAUUUUUAUUGUUUAGUUGCUUGAACAAUGAAUUCCACCAGCAAUGGAUCAAUGGAGAAUUCCUGGAAGGGGGGAAAUUCUACAAUGCAACCUGAGAAUUACACGGAAGCAGAAAUUGAGAGUUAUUUACAAUAUUUGGAGUAUGAAAAUGCCAAGUUGAUGAUUCCGACCCUGGUAUAUAUUGGAACGUUAAUCUCGACCGGGUUGUUUGGAAACACUCUGGUUAUUCUAGUCUAUUAUUUCCGAUUUAAACCCAGCACAACUCGUAUUUUUAUUAUCAGUUUAGCUGUAUUCGACCUGAUGAAUAACACCAUGGCACAACCGGGAGAAAUUUUCGAUAUUUUGUACGCUUAUAGAUUUACCAACAACCAUUUGUGUAAACUGAAGAGAUUUUUCAACUAUUUUACCACGUUUAGUUCUGUAUUUUCUCUGACCGUGGUGGCGGUGGACAGACAGAGGAAGAUUUGUCAUGCCGUUAAAAAACAAAUCAGCAUUAAAAUAGCUAAAAUAUGUGUCAUUGUAGUUGCCAGUCUUAGUUUAGGAAUUUCCAUGCCCUCUCUGAUGCUGAAUGGGGUGAAGAAUAUUCCAACAGGUAAAGAAGGAAUUCUGGGAACUGAGUGCAAAUAUGCAGAUAAUUUCCAAAACGCUUUCUUUCCGAAAUUAUUCCUGGGAUUUCAGUUUCUGAUAUUUUUGUCCAGUUUGACGUUACUCAGUGUUCUCUAUAUUCUGAUUGGUCGAACCGUUUUUAAACACAGUAAGUUUAAUUUACGAGGUAAGCGAUUAAGCGUGUUGAAACCUGCUGUAAUUGUGGCUUACUCUAAUAACUCGUCGACAGGACCCAGCUCUGGUAAUACCACUAGCACGAACCCAGACUCUCAUUCUGAUAAAGAACAAAAUGAGGCAACAGACCACAAAGAUUCCAAUAUCAAAGUAGAAAAGAAUACAGAAGGUGAGCUAGUCGAAACGAAAGCAGAUGUUACUGAAGAACCAACCAAACUCUCUACAGCUGAUCAAAAUACAGAAGUUGUCUCGACGCCAUCUACACCACGACAGAAGGACAAGAAGGAUAAGGUAACUCUGUUACCUAGCAACACACCUUCACCAGGUUUCGACAAGUUGUUAAUGCGAGCGCAGCAUCAAGAAAAAAAAGAAAAAGUCAAGAAAAUGAAGACUCGUACAACUUUAAUGUUGUUUUUAAUUACUCUGGUGUUUAUUAUCAGUUAUCUCCCUUAUCUGUCUAUCUCAAUCGUGAAAAUGUUUAAUAAAAACUUCGUGAACUCUCUAUCCAUUCCUACGUUUAUGGUGUACAAUGUUUUCCUGCGUUCACAUUAUAUCAACGCAGCAGUGAAUCCACUUGUUUACAGUUUCUGUAACAUGAAAUUCAGAAGCGAGGCUAAAAGUAUUUUGUGUUUUUGGAAGAAAAAUAAGAAUAAGAUGUAUACAUAGUUUUUGUAGAAGAGAAAUUUUGCAGCUAGACUAUAAUUGAAUAAGAUUGAGUGAAGCUAGCCUCGGUUCAGAAUCAGAACAGUUUUCAUUAUAAUACGAUUUGAACGACAUUUAUCAACAUUUAUAUUUCAUCUGAUGAUGACCCGUGUAAAUUAUGUUGAAACGUUAUGUACUUUGUUAUUAAAGAUGUGUGUUAUACCCUAAAAUAUUUUCAUUGUGUUCAUUAUCAUCUAAACUUCAUCAAAACUCAUUCUUGUACAGUAUAGAAAGGCGGUAUAUUUUGUUGUUGACUAAUUAAAGAUGUGUGUUAUAAAUUCUAUAUUUCCCUGUGUUUUUUGUUAACAGUUUUCAUUGUGUUCAUUAUCAUCAUCUAAGCAUCAUAAAAACUCAAGCACUUUGGACAUUUUUCAGUGUUCACAGUAUAAAAAAUAAAUAGAAGUAUUAUUAUAUUUUAUUGUCGACUAAGUAAAAUUGUGAUUUUGUUUUAUGUAUCAAGCACUUGUUUUUGUUUUGUAUUGUUUAAAGUGGUGUGUAAUAUUUUUAUCUCAUAUCGUUUGUUGUUUAUUGUAUUGUAGACCAGGCUUACUGAUGGUACUUCUCUUUGGAGGAGUCCACUACUAUACAACUUGUACUUUCCAUUUUUUGCUUGAACAGAUUUUGAUUAUGAAUAGUUUCCGGUUGAUUUUUUGAUAUAUAGUGGCUAAUAGUACUAUAAUUAUACUGACUGACUGUAAAUAUUGUAUCAUAUGAUAACAAACUAUUCUUAUAUUCAUUGAUUUAUCUUUAAUAAAUAAACAUUCCUUACAAAGAUUGAACUUAUACCUUGACUUCAAUAGCCACCUUUCUUGUAUCACCAUCCUCACUAUGUCAAGAUAUUACAAACUUUGUCUUAUACCUCGACUGCAAUUGCCACUAUUCUUAUAUUAGAAAGUUUGUAAAUGAAGCAAUUUGAUUGAAUGGUAUGCUGACGAAAACAGCCAAUCAUAACCACCAACUUCACACACACAAAUUGUUUAAGUCUUUCUGUCUAGAAAUCUGAUUGGUUGUAUUCAUUAGUGUACCAUCCAAUAAAAUCACUGCAUUUACAACAUGAGUGGUUAUUGCAGUCAAUGUAUAAGACACAGUUCAAUAUCCUGACACUGUGAAGAUGAGAUUGAAAUAAAUCAAUCAUUGUUUAACAUAUAUACAGUUUUAUUAUUUUAUUCACCAUGUUCUAAUCCCAUAAGUAUUUUACACUGUAGCUGGCCAACAUCUGUCAAAAUAGCUUUGUAUUUCACACACUUGGCCUGCUGGACUUGAAAAUGAACACUGACUGAGAAAUAUUGGUUCGUUGUCACAUUGUGACACUGUUUUUAAGACAAAGCCUCCAAAUUUAAGUCAAAACACACUUGUAUAUGCCUUCCAUUUGAUUAAAUGGAUUUGAUUUAAUGACUGAAUGUAACAAUCCAUUUUUAGUUCUGUUUUUAAAAUACGUUUUUGAGAUUAUCUCCAUUGUCUACUCAGAAACAAUUGUAUGUUGUCUUUAUUUGAUUCAAUAAUUGAUUUUAUAAUGAAUGUUAUAAUAAUUAUCACCAGUCUGUUAUAAAUAUAUAAAACUAUUUUCGUAUUCCAGCUUGACGUCGUUGUCUCUCUAUAAGUUUACGUAGGUCUUUAUUUUCUUCUAAAUCAUCCUGAGUGACAGGUUUAGAAUUAUU